AUGCCGAGUACAUUAAUCGCCAUCAUAGAGGGAGCGUGUAGUCCUGCGCGUUAUGAACCUGAAUUAAGUCUUAAUCUCGAGAUUUGUGAAAUGAUUAACAAAAAACAAGGCUCAGCUCCAAGAGAAGCUGCUUCUGCUAUCGUAAAAUUAGUCAAUAGCAAGAAUUUGAACCAGGCCAUGUUGGCACUCACAUUACUAGACAACUGCGUCAAGAAUUGCGGUUACCCAUUUCACCUUCAAAUUGCCUCGAAAGAAUUCUUGAAUGAAUUGGUUCGCAAAUUUCCAGAGCGUCCUGCACCUUUUCCUAGCCCUGUAGUGCAAAGAAUUCUUUAUUUUAUCAAGGAAUGGAAGGUUGCGUUGACAGACAUGUCGAGACAUAAGGAUGACCUGGUUCAUAUCAAAGAUAUGUAUCGAUUGCUGAGAUUCAAGGGUUAUCGAUUCCCUGAACUGAGAGACUCUUCAGUAGCUGCAUUAGCACCUUCGGAUUCUUUAAAAUCAGCCCAUGAAUUGGAGGAGGAAGAUCGUGUUGCUCAAUCAGCUAAAUUGCAAGAAUUGAUUCGUCGUGGUAGACCUCAAGAUCUAGUUGAAGCCAAUCGAUUGAUGAAGAUCAUGUCUGGAUUUGAUACGAGACAAACUCCUGAUUACAGCCAAAAGUUUGAAGAUGAACUUCACAAGAUUCAGGAUAAAGCCAUCUUAUUGUAUGAGAUGUUGGAAACUAUUAAACCUGGAGAGAAAGUGGAUAGAAAUGAGACCAUCAUGGAUUUGAAAGGUGCUUGUGCUAGCGCUCAGCCAAAGAUUCAAAAGAUGAUUACAGAGGAAGAAGAUAACGACAAGAUUGAAAACCUGCUUACAUUGAAUGACAUGAUUAACAAUGUGAUGGCCAAAUUCGCUGACGUAAAGAAGGGAUUGUAUGAUACCCAGUACGAGAUUAGUGGAAAACCACCUACGCAAGACACCAACACAACAGAGGAGCCUAAACAAGCCAUCAGUUUGAUUGAUUUGGAUGAUACACCCGCAAUGUCUUCAUCUACUGGAUCAGCAAGCCCUAGUAUCAACAACAAGAGUGCCUUGAAUGAAUUAUCUGAUCUCUUUGGUAGCAGUAGUAUUUCAUCUCCACCCCCACCUUCAUCUAGUCAACAGCAGCAACAACCACUCUCUGCUUUUGAUCUAUUGGGCGCUUCAUCUUCUUCUCCAGCUCCUCAGCAGCAACAGCAACAACAGCCCAAGAAAAGCAAUGACAUCUUUGACCUCUUGGGCGGCGGUAUUCCCAACAACCCUUCUCCUUUAGCUUCUCAUUCAGAGAUUGCUUCGCCCUCCAUUUCCAAUAUCAAUGUGCCAUCACAAACUAGACAACAGCAAACUCCAUCUCCUGUAUUUAACUCUAGUCAAGAUGCUGCUCAUGUUGAGUCAGCUAUUUUGGUCAAUAAGAAUGGUUUGCAGAUCGAAUUACAGAUGAAGAACCCUCAUGACAGUGUUUGCCAGAUCAGGGCCUAUUUCUCUAAUCAAUCUACUGCUCCUAUGGAAAAGCUGAUGUUGAGAUUGGCUGCACCCAAGUCUAUGCAAAUCAAAAUGGAGCCUCAAUCCUCUCAAAUCAUACCACCUAAAUCAGAUAAGUCUGUUACCCAAGGCAUUGUCUUGAACAAUCCAAAUAAGGAACCAUUGCGUUUGAGAUACAAAGUGUCUUAUGAACAAUUUGGUGUCGAGAUGGAAUUGACUGGAGAUUAUCAUGCUUAA